AUUUUGUAGGAUUUUGGACUCCUCAGCUGGGUUUGAAAAGUGCUAAUAUAGAGAAAGUCAUCCAGUGAAGUAUCAGUAAGAGGAGGAUAUCUUAUCGACUAAUCCAUAUAAUUCACAUGUUUGAUCCUGUAUUCAAUUUCUGCUAUGUCCGAAGUGCCAUCUUUGUUUAAGCAACAAACACCAAUUUUAUUCCCAAUUGGGAGCCGUUUGGCAUUAAAUUGCGAGCACAGUGUGUCUUCUGUGAUGUGUUAUGAUAAGUGAGCCGAGGAUGUCACACCUCUACCAUCAGUGGUGAGGAGACAGUUUAUAAGACAGCCAGUCAUAAACAGUCAGAGGAUCGUGUGCUCACUUAUUUUUUUGUUUAAAAAGCUUCAGUUCAAAACUACGCUUACUUAGAUAUUCAAAACAAUCCUUAUAUUAUAAGGAGACUUAAAUAACAGUUUUGACGACAGCUUUCUACAUGAUUCUAUUGGAUAGCGAAGACAACGAGAAAUAACAAAUAUACUUACGAAAUGAGAUUACAUAAUACUGAAUAUAAAAUCAAGUAGGUACUGUGCGAUUUUUAAUUUGUGCUGGAAGGAUUGAUUUUCACACUAUCGCUUUAUCGUUGUCACUUGUGAUGGAGAAAGAAAUAUAAUGAACACGCUGUCAUGUAGCCCAAACAAUACUGGACGGGGAAAGACAAUAUUACCGUGCUGACAUGUUUUUAACAAACAUUGGCUGCUUCCAAUUUCAUUCCUUGUCUGCAAAUUGUCUGUCUUCAAGGUCAAAUAGACAACACUUUAAAAAUCUGAUGUUUGCUCAUUAUCCCGCGUUUCGCCAAUGAGUGUGUUUUUAUGAUAAGAAAUUCAUUUAAGUUGUAUCAACAAUUAAGUCAAUCUUUGGUAUUGAUUCGGGAAUAAUUCCGAUGUGAAGCUGGUCCUUUUUAUGCGAACAAUUAAAGGUUGACUCUCCGAGGACUGCAACAAAAUCAGAGUGGGUUUGAAUUGGUAUUCGCUGCACAGGAAGACAGUGGAAGUCAAAGCAGAACAGGCACAUUACUGGCAUUUGUCAUAAAUUAGUGGAUGUUGAGUACCAGCAAUUUAAUUACCGCAAGAUACUAUGGAGUUAAAGAUCUGAUUCACAGAUAUCCAAUUUCUUGUGGAGGACGUUCAAACACUUCUUAAGCAAAAAUAUUAUGAAGUAUUUUUCAGUGACUAAUUUUAUUCAAAAACAUUGUAUCCAUGUUUUCCCGUGGGAGCUAAAUAACGCAUCCUGACACCUAGACUAAUGAUUAAUUUAUGGCUGCUGUUAUGGAAUUUAAUGAUCUGCGAUCGGAUUUCGGAAUUGUGUAACACGGAGACUCAACGCAUUGGAUUCACAAGAUUUUAUCUUCAUGUAGCAACUUUGUUUAUUUGAUACUUCUAUAGAAAAACAGAAAACUAGAACCCCAAAGGGUUUGGUAAGUAAAGAGUUUAGACUCGUUCUGGCUAUAUGAGUUUUCAAACAUUAUGGAGACAAGCAUUUCAGCAACUUUCUCUGUGUUAGGACAGCACAAUGAGACAAAGGAAUCCCUCAUCUAUGAAGAAGAGGCUAUCACCUACUCUCCCGUGUUCGGGCCGCAAGUAAAGAGUUUGGAUUUAGUUAUUCCAAUAACAAUCUUCCUAGGCCUGAUGGUUUUAGCGACAAUCAUAGGUAAUGUGUUCGUUAUAGCGGCCAUUGUUUUGGAGAAGAACUUGCAAAACGUAGCCAACUAUUUAAUUUUAUCCUUAGCCGUUGCAGAUUUAAUGGUAGCUACAUUAGUUAUGCCAAUAAGCAUUUUAAACGAGGUCACCAAAGCCUGGUUUCUGCAGAACGAGGUCUGUGAUAUGUGGAUCACCUUUGAUAUGCUGUGCUGCACGGCUUCUAUUUUACAUUUGGUGGCUAUUUCCGUGGAUCGCUAUUGGGCAGUAACAAAUAUAGACUAUGUACGUAACAGAAGUGCCAAAACGAUCCUCAUUAUGAUCGCCAUUGCGUGGUUUGUGGGACUGUGUAUUGCUAUGCCUCGACUGUUAGGAUGGCGCAAUCCUGAUAAUGUGCCCAGUAAAUCCGGCAUAUGUAUGAUAGACCAAGACAUUUUCCAAACCCUUUUCUCAACAGGAGGUGCCUUUUAUGUGCCGACAAUUAUAAUGUUGAUUAUAUACGCUAAAAUAUAUCAGGUGGCACGAUCCCGAAUACGGAAAAAGAACUUCAUUAAGAAACACAGUAAGAAACAAAAAUUCAUAAUUUCUUCACCGUCUCCGACAAAUGGUGUGACGGGAUUGACUCCCAACGGAAUGGCCGAGACUUCCAUUAUGUUGGAGGAGGCUUCCUGUGUGAAUGGCAUGAACGGAUGUAGUGAUAAAAACGACAAUUCCAAAAUGACUUCAAACACUUCUUCUGAAGAGGUUAAAUUGGCCUUGCUUCCUAAUGCUUGUGCAAAUGCAGCUAAGGCUAAAAAACAGAAAGAAAAACUUGAAAUGAAAAGAGAGCGAAAGGCUGCUAGAACACUGGGUAUAAUAACAGGCGCUUAUAUAGUGUGUUGGCUUCCAUUUUUUAUCAUUGCACUUUUAAAUCCUUUCUUAAAGAAUAUCCCAAAUAGUGUCAGUAGCAUUGUUUUGUGGUUAGGAUACUUCAAUAGCCUGCUUAAUCCUAUUAUAUAUACUAUUUUUAAUCCUGAAUUUCGCAAUGCCUUCCAGAAAAUUUUAUUUGGGAAAUAUUCAAGGAGAAGAUAAAAGUAAAUAAUUUUGUGGUAAGAAUAUCAUAUUAUAAAUUUCUUAAGAUUGACAUUUCGAGAUAUUUUCUUCAUAUUUUCAAUAUUAAUCCAUUGAUGGACGUUUUUGUGUACUGAAAACAUACACACAGAAUAUAUACAUAUAAUAUUCCAACUCAUAUAAACUCAUCUCGAUUGUCGGUUGAUAGUUAACUGUUAUCUAGACAUUUUAGUUUAUUAGGUUUGUUAUAUGCAGUUACAAUCAUUUUUGUAUUGCACAUUCUGAAAUUUAUCUGAAAAAAGGUUUUUGAUGUAAAUAAGGCACGAUACAUAUAUUUUAAUCUGCUGUCAUUACAUCAAUUUGACAGUGGCGCUUUUCUGAUAGUUCACAAAGAAAAUCUUUUUGACAAUUAAAUAACCCAUUUAACAUAUUUCGUAUUAAAAAUGUUAAUAAAUCAUCUUGUUACAUGUGAAUCUGAGGUUACAUAUACAAGUAAUAUAAUUAUCUUCUCGAUAAGAAUGCGAAAAUAGCCCAUCCUAAUUACUUCUAAAGUUUAUUUGUAACGUGCCACAGCAGUGACAAUAAAUUCCUGUGAAAAUGUAAUUUUUAUGAACAAAGGAUUUUCCUUUCACCUUUAUUAAUUGUUUCUCUGUGUCGACUAACCCUCAAAAGUUGUUUUAUGUUUGCUGUACAUUUUCAUUAUAUUUGUUGACUUUCUGAAUACCAGUGUUGUAGCAUAAACUUUUGUUAGGCCUUGUGCGUGAGGGGAAAAGGGAAUAUGCCGAGGAGCAAUAUACGGGUAGAAAGUAUAUGUUAGAACAAUGGUCUUUCUGGAUUAAUUUUACUUAAUGAUAUCAUUAAAUGUGUAUUUAAAACCUUUUUUCCUAUAGGCUAGACUGUCUCAGAUACCCUUACCUCCAUAUAUCAGUGACAUAAUGUUAUAUGACAUAGAACUAUUUUUAUACAAAAUGAAUAUAAUUAUUUAUUGUGACCAAGUAUUUUUACUGCAAACUACGGAUAUUUCUUGUAACAUUUCAUCACGUUUAUAUUUGAAAUUCUGAAAGCAAUAGAACGAGUUUUCUUGUAAGACAUGCUAUGAAUUCUCAAGUACGAGGACCCACAUUGAGCACAAUAAAUGGGUUAAAUUGUAUUUGUAGGGAGUUUCUUGAUUAAUACAAAAACCUUCAUCCUACACACAUCCUACAUAGAGAUAUGACAAUAUUGAAUUCUAUGCAUUGUUCUGCAGAUUCCUUGCCUUGGAUCUGGGAAGUAAACUGGCGCUGAUAGAGAUCCGAAAGUUCUAUAAUAUGAUCGGAAAACUUCCACACGAAUGUUUCAUAACCAGUUCAAUUAUACAAACUAGAAAAAAAUUAAAAAGUGAAAUACUUCAGAAUUGUACAAAGCGCUUAAUUUAUUCAUCCUACAUGUAUAAAAUUUAACAUAUUUCCGAUAAGAAUUUAACAUAUUUCCCAUGAACCCGGAACAGUUUAUGGUCAUGGAUACGAUAGGGACAGCUUCUCUUCAUCUCAAAUUUUUUUCUUAAAUACAGUGGCAAAUGGUGGUUAACAAAUUUUGCAUUAUAAUGAGAAAAUAGCGAGAGAUUUUUUUUUAGUCUGUCGGUAAAUUGAAUUUGAUAAACUGUACUUGAUAUUCAAAGUGAAAUGAUUGGUAUUCGUACUAGUGUAAGUAUAAAGAAGAAACUUUUUAAAAACCAAAUUCACACAAGUGCCUUUCUGAUAAAAGAUUGUUCUUCGUCUGUCUGUGUGUUAAUAUCAGACAACAUAUUUUGCUUAAAUAUACAACCAUUAAAUAAAUGUAUAGGUCUGAGAACAGAAAGUGUUAAUUAGACACCUCUUAUUAGUAUGUAGGCAUAAAAAUGUACUGCGAAUACUGUUUUGUCGACAUCUUGAAACCUGAGUAGUGCGAAACUAUGGAAAAAAAUUAAUUAAUUGUGAAUGCACUGAAAAUUUCAGAGAAAUAUUGAGAUAAUAGAAUGAUUUCAGUUAUUUGAAGCAUUUCUAGAUAUUGCAGAAUAACUUUUUUCAGUUGUGGUAUGCUAAGUUUAAUAGAGGAUUAAACGUUGUGUAUAGAAAUACAUAGAAAUCACUUUAAAAAACCAAAAGAAACAUAAUUACUACAUUUUUUACAUUGAGUCAAAGGAUAUGACGAGGAAUAAUCAUACUCUUCAGGAAUAAGUGGGCCAUGGACACUGUAGUAAUAUACUAGACAGUAUAUAUUUUUGUUUCUUUGAAAAAAGAAAGGCUAUUAUAAUCAAGAGGCCCUUUACCCUUUUAUUUAGGAAAUCAGAUAUCAAAAUUGGAAAUAUUGAUGAUAUGUUAUUUUAAAUUGUAGAUUUAAGAGUUAAAUUGUAGGCUUCAUCGUUAUAAUCUCAAAAUUCUAUUUUUGUUUUAUAUAAAAGCACCAAAAAUUCAAUUUGCCUGCAAUCUGGUAUUUCUCAACUGGAAUAUCUAGAUUUAUUUUACUUGGCCUGGAUGCAAUGGGGGUUAAGGCCUGAAAAUUAUGUAUACAAUCAUAAUAUAUAUUAAGAGUGACAUAAAGGGCUUGUUAAUUACAUGAAAUAAGUCAGAUAGGCACCCACUCAGGUAAGAAAUUUGGGCCAUAUUGAAAUUUGAUUAUUUUGUUCUUUUGUCUCUAAUACAAAAGUAAGAGAUUCAUCGCAAAUAUAAAUAAUGUCAAAAACAGUCAACAUUAAAAUAUGAAAAAGUGUUUGAAACUGCUCUUUGGUUUGAUAAUUCUUAGGUUUUAGAAUCUGAUGUCAUAUUUUAUUUAUUGGCUUACUCAAUUACCAGAUUCUAGCCAAGAUAAUAGCAUAUCAUCAGAUAGGAUAGACGCUGUAUAUAAUUUGCAGGAUUAUGUUGAUUACCGGUUACAAGAAAUCAUACCAAACACGCCUCAAUGGGGAUGUGAUGCAGGUCAAAAAUUGAUUUAAGAUGAUUGUUUAUUCCUUAAAAUAUAAUUUCUUUUAACAUUUAAUUUGGCAAUUUGAAUACAGUAAAAAAGUUAAAAAUAGUUAUUUUAAUCUGUGCGAGUUUUUAUCCUUCCUUUCUGAAAAGAAAAAUAUUCUGCUUUUUGUGGGAUUGUACAAAACACUAAAUCGUUCUUUUUCUCUAUGUAUAUCUAAACUUAGUUUUAGACUUUAAAGGUUUGGAAAUAGACAGUUACAAGUAAAACCUUCUUUAAGCACGAUCGUCCUUUAAGAUACAAGUAUGUCACGAAUUGCCUGUUUCUUUCAGUGGCGCUCUAUUAGAGCUUGAAUGUUUGAACAGUAAUAUACAGUACAUUCCAUUAGUCACCAAACAUUUAUAUUGUUUCCCUAAAGUAGACACCUCAGCCUAUCCGUCAGAAGGCUUAAUUACAGUGGUUCAGCUUGCUAUCCAAUUCUUUUUUCAGCUGAUUUUAUUUCAUUUUUUUCUAAUGUACAACUAUUAAGUCAAAAAUGAUCCAAUGUUGUUAGGCCUUCAUGUAAUCAACAGUUUGUGUUCCUUGAUUUUUUUCCUUUUUUUAGAAACAAACAUUAACGACAUAAUUUCUGUUUUAGUUUAAUGCUGUUUACUAUAUUUAAAUCAGAAGUAGAUACCUUUACUUCUUUAAAUUAUACUUUCAUUGUUUCUAUUUUACUAUAAUCAAAUUAUUCAUACAUAUAUUUUCUUUUUCUUGAGAAAUAUAUGGAUCUAUAUGCAUUGUUACAGUAUAGUAACAUUUGUUAAGGAUUGAUCUCUCUGUUAGGGAUCCUGCUUUUGUUAUUAAACUUUACUUCCAUACUC